ACUGUUUGACGGGGACACAGAGCUGCGAGGAGGUUGCCGCGAUGCUCCCGUCUUUGCAGGAAUCGCUGGAUGGGGAUGAAAAGGAGCUGGAGAGCAGCGAAGAGGGUGGCUCCGUGGAGGAGCGGAGACUCGAGCCGCCGCCCAGCAGCCACUACUGCCUGUACAGCUUCCGCGGAAGCAGAUUGACACAGAAUCGAGGGGAUAGUGAUGAUGGACGUUCAGGUGACACAAAUGCAGAAACCCCCUCUGGUGAUGAUUUCAGCCUCUCCUUGGUGGAUACUAAUCUACCAUCAGAAGUGGAGCCGGAGCUGCGCAGUUUCAUUGCUAAGCGUCUUUCCAAGGGCGCGGUCUUUGAAGGGCUGGGUAAUGUUGCAUCUGUAGAGCUGAGAAUUGCAGGUUACCGAGUUGGUUGUUAUUACUGCCUUUUCCAACAGGAAAAGCUGCUUCCUGAGACAGCAGCAAUGGAAUCUGAGCACAACCCUUCUCAAUGUGUGGUCUGCUUCCUAGGAGGCUCUGAAAAAGGACUGGAGCUUUUCAGGCUUGAAUUGGACAAGUAUAUUCAAGGGCUGAAGAAUAACAUGAAUUGUGAGGAAAGGAGUCUGGGGAAUGAUGUAAAGUCCUAUCUGAAUAGCUGGUAUGAGGAUGUGGUGUGUCCCAUCCAAAGGGUGGUUCUCCUCUUUCAGGAGAAACUGACCUUUCUGCUCCAUGCUGUAAGUAUUGCUCAUGAACGAGUAUUCCCAGUUAGAGGCUCCUCAGCAGACCUUGGAGUAAAGCCUUCCCCUUUCCUGGGCCAGCUCAGCAGCCCCAUGGUACCAUCCCCUCCAGUAGAGGACGCCUUUGUUUUCCUUGGUCCUGCAGUGCUGAUUGUGGAAAGGACUUGUGUAUGUCACAGGUUUCUGAGUGUGGCCAGUCUCCAGGGACUUAUUCAUGAAGGCACCAUGACCUCAUUAUGCAUGGCCAUGACAGAGGAACAGCAUAAGUCUAUGAUCAUCGACUGUAGCGGCCCCCAGCCUCAGUUCCACAAUGCAGGAAGCAACCGUUUUUGUGAGGACUGGAUGCAAGCUUUCUUACACGGUGCCGAAGCUGGUAACCCUUUUCUUUUCAGACAAGUCCUGGAAAACUUUAAACUAAAGGCUAUACAAGACACAAACAAUUUGAAGAGAUUUAUCCGACAGGCAGAGAUGAAUCAUUACGCUCUGUUUAAAUGUUACAUGUUCCUUAAGAACUGUGGCAGUGGAGAUAUCCUUUUGAAGAUUGUUAAAGUGGAACAUGAAGAAAUGCCUGAGGCCAAAAGUGUGGUGGCUGUCCUUGAAGAAUUCAUGAGAGAAGCGCUUGUCUGAAGUUCCAGUCCCGGGUUGAGGAUCUGUUUCAUGGAGUAUAUUGAGGCUGCAUGUGGGGGCUGUAAUUACCAUUGUUUAUAGGAUUGCACUGCCCUAAGAUGACUGGAAACACCCCAGCUUCUUCCUUUUGUGCUUUUUUUGUUUAACUUAAUUAAACACAACAAUCAGAGGAAUGUCUUCACCAGGUCCCAGGCAGACGCUGUGUGACAGCUGUGGAAUUUUGCUGUCUCAUAAACCCUAAGCACGUGCUGCCUGGAAAGCUCUGGAGAUGGGUUUUGGCUUCUUGGGAGUUUACAGUAGUGUUUAGCAGGAUUUCCUCCUCCAAAAGAAACAAAGUAUGUCUUUCUCAGUACAAUGUAGACGUUUUUAAAGUACAUGAUCCUAGCAAGAUGUGAUGACACAUGCCUAUAAUCCCAGCUACUCAGGAGGUUGAGGCAGGAGGUUGUGAGGUUCCAGGCCAGCCUGAGCUACUGAGUAAGUUUAUGUCCAGCUUGGACUACAUGGCAGUCAUCACCUUCCUGGUCUUACUGCACCAUCAUAUAGCUUCAGAGACAGCCUGUUCAUCCUGUGAGUGCCUGAUACAAACUGAUAGGCAGGAAUAAUGAAGCCACCUUUUGAAGCGAAUAUACACAUGAGUGAUAUAAGAACUUAAAAAUGAGCUUUAUGUAUAGAAGCUUGUGGGCUGGCAAGGUGGCUCAGAAGGUAAAGAAACCUGCCACCAAGUCUGACAACCUAUGCUCAAUCCCCAACUCACCUGGUAGGAGAGAACAACUCCACAAGUUGCCUCUGACCCAUGCAGAGCUACAUGCUCAAUAAAUAAAUACAUGAAGAUAUGGUGGGCUGGAGAGGCAGCUCAGCAGUGAAGAGCAUUGUUGCUUUUGGAGAGGAGCCGACACCUAGCUGGUGGCUCAAUUUCCGGGGAUUUGACACCCUGUUCUGACCUCCUCAAGCAUCAGGCACACAUGGAGUAUACAGAGAUACAUGCAGACAAAACAUACACAUAAAAUAAUCUAAAACUAGUAAGAAAGAAAAGAAAGAGGAAGAGAGAGAAGAAAGGGUAUACUAGCUUCAAGAUGAAACAUUCUCUCUCACUGAAAAGCUCUUGUGGAAAUUUAUACAAUAGGUAUUUAUUUGCCAGGAGCCUGUAUUUUCUUCCUUAUUUCUAGAUAAAAAUGCUGGAAUUCUUAAACAGUAUUAAGAAAAAGGAAAAAAACAGUUAAUAUAGGAAAUAUCUUUUACAAGCAAAUAUAAGAAUGCACAUGUGGUGAUUCAUGUCUUUGAAUGUAACCUUCCACAAGACGUAGGCAGUUGGAACUCCCUGAGUUCAGGGCCAGUCUGAUUUACUGAAUUAUAUAGUAAGCUUCAGGCUAGCCAGAAUUACAGAGUGAGUCCCUGUCUCAAUAAAUAAGAAAAUAAACAAUAUUUUAGAAAUUAAAAAAUGUAAACAAAUUCCUCUCAACACAAUUGCUCAUUGAUUUUAGAUCUUUCUGUCUGUCACAAGCCUCAGAUCGUUUUGCCCUGAGUCAAUUGCAAGAGCCCUUGAGUCGUCAUUUCUCAUCCCAUGGGUGCCAGCUGCAGCCACACGCGUAGCUGUUCUGCACAGCUCUUUAAUAAAUCCAUUUGGUAAUGAUUUUGGUUUAGAAAAUCAGAAGGCUUAUGUUCUCACUGCCUUUGGGAUGCUCAGAGGAGCAUGAGUCUGUGAAACGGAGGCAUUCUUAACUGCUUGUAAACCCUGCUCGGAGCUGAGUUCUAACUUUCAAAGACACUGAUGAUGGCUUUCUGCCGUUGCUUCUCCAUAAGUCAGGCUGGGGACAGGAGUCACCACGCCCUUCCUUCCCCUCUAAUGAGAAAUACAAUUCGGUAUCUUCAUAAAUGCUUUCAUAUGGCUUUAAAGUUUAAUAGCUUGGAUUAUAGGCAGUAUAGAAAAGAAUGUAAGUAGCAUUUUAUAGCUAUCUGACAGCUGGAUAGUCAGCAGCUCUGUGGUACUUUUCUUGAAUCUUUUCCCAAUGCACUUGGUGCCCACUUGGAAAUCAUUAAAAAUGAGCGACAUUAGGACAUCGAGAUUUUGAGUCUCUAAAAUAAUAAUCUUUAUUUUUAAAUUCACAAUCAGGAGCAAAUAGAAUUCUAAAAAUAAGUGUAGGGGUUAGGGAAAGAGCUCAGUGUAAAGUACUCGCUAUGCAAACGUAAGGACCUCAGUUUGAUACAGAAGCAGGUGUGCUUGUACAUGUGCUUGUAGUCCCAGCACGGGGGAGGAGACUCAGUUCUUACUGCCAGCCCAGCUGACUUGGUAAGCUUCAGGCCAGCAGAGACCUUAUCUGAAAACAAAUGGAAAAAGAAGAUAGCUCAAUGGAUAAAGGCCCUGGCCGGCAAGUCUGACACCUGAGUUCUCCCUCCAGAGCCCAUGUGAAGGUGGAGGGAGAGCUCACUCCUGCAAGCUGCUCUCUCUCUCUCACUCUGUCUAUGCAUCCUUCAGAGCUAACUAUUAACAAACAAGAAAACAGAAAGGUAGAUGGCUCCUGAGGAUUGUCCUCUGACCUCCAAAUGUUUGUGCACACA